CUGCCUGACACUGACAGCGACAGCCGACAAAUCGAAUUUUGCGGAAAUCGUCGACGAGUCGAGGUGUGCAAACUGCUGCAAAGGAAAAUAACGAGAGAAAAUCCGGCAGCGCAGAAUUCAUCUUGGUUUCUUGCGUUUUCGCAGAGUUUUUCUACUCAUUUCUUUUUAACUUUUCCUUCCACUUAACUUUAUUUGUUAUUAAACUAUUUCUCCUUUGCGUGCACUUAAACUGUAAGAACUAUUUUAAGUUAAUAUUAAAUAUAUAAAACACGGAGUGGGUGCGUUAAGAGUGUGAAAAAAGUGUUUUUCAUUACUAUCAAACAAAGAAAAAGUAAAAAGAAAAAAAUCCAUAAUAACCCCGCGGCUGGAAGGUGGAAGAAAAGAGCACACAAAAUACAAGCAAUGACGCAAGGAUUGAAAGAUUGAAUAUAACAAAAAAAAAACAGAAGUGCAUCCAAUAAAAAAGAAAGUGAAACAACAAUAACAAUAACAACUUUAUCUGUAUACUAACCGAGUCACACAACGAAAUCAUAUAUAAACAACCAAUUCUAUAAAAACAAUUUAAAUCUAAUUAUCCCAACAUAAAGAUAAUAUGCCAUCCCGACAUCGUUUACGCUACGCCUCAACAAGUAGCGCACCGCAAGCUCUUUUAAAUAUUAAUAAUCAAAACAAUCUUAAAGCCGCCUCGUCACCAUCAGCGGUUGGUUCGGCAGAAGCAGCAAACUCUUCUUUAUCCUUCACACGUGGAUGCACUGGAAAUAAUUUAAACCAUCACAAUCAUAGUGGUUGCACGACAUUGGCAUCAAGUCAACACCAACAUCAUCUUCAUCAUAACCAUCCUAAUCAUUCUCAUCAUCUGCAUCAAUGCCACAGCAACAACGGUGAGGGAUGCUCUGUUGAUUCUUUCUCAGAUGACAAGCAAGUGCGAUUAGCCCAUUUGUUGACAUUGACCAAAGAACAAUUAAAAGUUGAAUGUCGCAAACGGGGUCAAAAAACAAAUGGAAAUCGAUUUGAGCUGUUACAACGCCUUGGUAUAAAAAUGUCUCAAAUGCAAAAAAAAGUUCAACAAAAUAUUGAUAAUUCACCUCGCAGCCGAAAGAACAAUUCAAAUAUGGAUUUAAAUUUAAAGCCCGCUCACACUACAGGAGCAAGUUCACAGAAAAAGUCAAAUGGUUCGCCAAAUGGAUCUCCCGCGCAACAGCAACAAAUUGUUAUGAAGAAAAAAUCACAAAAGACAAACAAAGAGAAGGAACGAGAAGAACGGGAAGAACUUGUCCUGUUACGUAGUCCUAUCCAAACCAUCAAGUAUUGCUCAUUAGAAAUAGUUACACUUACACAAACAUACGGAAAAAAGUUGUUGCAGCACCGAACGCUUUUAGUCGGGUUUUUAAUAUUAGCAAUUAUUUUAGGCUCAUUAUACAAUAUUCCUGGUCGCCAUCAAAUAGCUAUAGAAAUAAUUCGUAGAAAUACUUGGUUUUUUAUUUAUUGGAUUGGUUUAGGAAUACUUUCAUCAGUCGGGCUUGGAACUGGCUUACAUACGUUCUUGUUGUAUCUUGGACCACAUAUAGCCAGUGUGACCUUGGCUGCAUAUGAGUGCAAUGCUUUGAAUUUUCCAAAGCCACCAUAUCCAGAUGACAUUAUAUGUCCCGAUGUGCCGAACUUAUCACAACCACCCAAUUUGUGGAAUAUUAUGCGAAAAGUUCGGCUAGAAGCAUUUUUAUGGGGAGCAGGCACAGCUCUUGGAGAAUUGCCGCCAUAUUUUAUGGCAAAAGCGGCUCGUUUGUCCGGCUAUGAUCCCGAAGAUGCCGAAGAUAUUGCCGCAUACGAGGAGCUUAAAGCGAAGAAAGGACAGAAAGACCUUGGAAUCGUCGAUAGAGGAAAAUUACUAAUGGAACGUGUCGUCGAACGCAUUGGAUUUUUUGGCAUUUUAGCUUGUGCUAGCAUUCCAAACCCUCUAUUCGAUUUGGCUGGUAUAACAUGCGGCCAUUUCCUAGUCCCAUUUUGGACGUUCUUUGGUGCAACUCUAAUUGGAAAAGCCAUAAUAAAGAUGCACAUCCAGAAAGUAUUUGUUAUAAUUGCAUUCAAUGAGUCACUCAUCGAGCGUGCCGUCGAUAUGCUUCAAAUCGUUCCCGUGUUUGGAAAGAAACUUCAAGAACCGUUUAAAGGAUUCUUACAAAAUCAAAAGCACCGUCUGCAUCGCCAAAAGAACGCUGGAGUUACAGAAUCCGGCAAUCUACUGUCGAAGGUCUUUGAGACCUUCGUCAUUUGCAUGGUAUGCUAUUUUGUUAUGUCGAUCGUGAACUCACUUGCCCAGAAUUACCACAAGCGCAUUCAUAAAAAAGGCAAAAAAGUUUUGAAAAAAGUCGCUAGAGAUUAGGCGCCCUGAAAAAAACACCAACCUCUGGACUAGUUUACAAACAAAUGUACAUUAUUAAUUUAAUUUGUAUUUUUCGUUUUGUUUUGUUUCGUUUUUAAAUAAUUUAUUAUUUAAUUUCAUUGUUUUUAUUUUGAAUAAUAAAAUAUUUGAAUGCA